AUGUAUAAUGUCUAUGAGCAAUUAUCUAUUAAAGAUAUAGCAAACUGGGUCGCCUCUGGAGCAAUAAUAUUUGGUGGAAUUAUUCCCUAUGUGCCACAAUAUAGAGAAAUUAAAAGAAGGGAUAGUGCGGAAGGGUUCUCCCUUUAUGUAUGCUUUACACUUUUAAUAGCUAAUACAUUACGUAUUUUCUUUUGGUUUGGGAAACGUUAUGAAAUACCUCUCUUAUUACAAAGUAUAUGCAUGAUUGUUACUAUGUUUAUAAUGAUUAAACUGUGUAUAAAUGUACAAAGCAGAAAUCAAGUAAUAAAAGUCAGAGAACGUGUAUUUUCAGAUUUUGAUGCAAAUUUUUUUUGGAAGUGGACAGAUUUUCAAUCUUACUUAGAUUUUAUGCUAUUAUUUGCUGUAUUAAUAGGAAUUCUAACAUAUUUAUUAGUGGAUGUACCAAUAUUUGUUGAAACUAUAGGAUUACUUGCAGUAUUAACAGAGGCUAUGCUUGGAAUACCACAAUUUUUGCGUAAUUUUUUUAAUAAAUCAACUAAUGGAAUGAGUAUUGUUAUGGUUGCAAUGUGGACAUUAGGUGAUGCAUUUAAAACAUGUUAUUUUGUUAUAAGAGAAGCUCCAAUACAAUUUGAAGUUUGUGGUACUCUUCAGGUUAUAAUUGAUAUUGCAAUUUUAACACAGGUAUAUAUUUAUCAAAAUAAGACAACCAUACAUACAAGAGUUCCAGUUCGAGUUGACUAAAUCUAGUACUUUACUGUAACAUACUUUUUCUACAGCUUCCAUUAGCUAAAAAAUGUAUCUGUGUUAUAGAUAAAUAUUUAUGAUUUUUUAAUAUACGUGCACUUGAUUGUACAAAAAAAAAAAAGAAAACACAAAAUGAAAUAUAUAAAGCAUUGUAAAUAAGCAUUUAUCAAAUAAUAUUUCUUAUUUUCACUUAAAGGAUAUACCAUAUUUUUUUAAUUAUAUUAAACUUUUGAUAUAUUUUAAUUGUAUUACAUAUGUACAAAUUUUAUGAAAUAAAAUUUUGUUAAUAUAA